CCUCUGUGCUGUGGCCAGAGUCUCUAGGACAAGACCUGUGAAGGGAAAUGGUUGAGGAAGAAGCAAAGAGCUUACCUAUGGAGCUGAGUGAGAAGGGGGGUGUGGAGAACAACGGGUUUGUUCAAAAUGAGGCUGUUUAUGACAAGGGGACCAACUCCAGUACCCAAGAAGAAGUGCCAAAAGCGUGCACUGUUGAUGUGGAUGCAGCAGCUACAGAGGAGCCGGUGCUGAAGCCCUAUGCAGGGAUGCCAAAGGAAGUGUUGCUCAAGUUCUCCAGCCAAGCCCAGUACAGAGUGACCAGGGAGAUUCUCUUCUGGCUCAUAAUUGCCACCGCUGUCCUGCUUGUAUGCGCCACGAUUGCCAUUAUUGCUCUCUCUCCAAAGUGCCUUGACUGGUGGCAGGCGGGUCCUAUUUACCAGAUCUAUCCUCGUUCCUUCAAGGACAGUGACAUGGAUGGGAAUGGGGAUCUGAAAGGCAUCCAAGAAAAACUGGACCACAUUACGUAUUUGAACAUAAAAACUAUCUGGAUCACCUCUUUCUAUAAGUCCCCGUUAAAAGACCUUGGGUAUGGUGCCGAAGACUUCUAUGAUAUUGAUCCCAUGUUUGGAUCAAUGCGCGAUUUUGAGAACCUGCUUGCAGCCAUCCAUGACAGAGGGCUAAAAGUGAUAAUGGAUUUAAUACCGAACCACACCAGCGACAAACACCGGUGGUUCCAGCUGAGUCGCAAUCGCACUGGCAAGUACACGGACUACUACAUCUGGCAGGACUGCGGCCAGGCUGCGGGUUCCAUCACUCCUCCAAACAACUGGGUGAGCAUCUAUGGGGAUUCCAGCUGGCAGUUUGACGAUGUGAGGGAGCAGUGUUAUUUCCAUCAGUUUGGGAAAGAACAGCCGGACUUAAACUUCCACAACCUCGCUGUCCAACAAGAAAUCCAUGACAUCAUCAAAUUUUGGCUCGGCAAAGGGAUUGAUGGAUUCAGUUUCAGCGCUGUGAAGUAUCUUCUAGAAGCAAAGCAUCUCCGAGAUGAGCCUCUAGUGAACAAGUCCCAGAAUCCAGAGAAUAUCACUGCCUAUUCCCAACUCUACCAUGACUACACGACCACACAAGUUGGCAUGCACGAUAUCAUCCGUAGCUUCCGUCACACUAUGAAUCAGUUCAGCAGAGAACCUGGCCGAUACAGAUUUCUGGGUUCUGAUGGUGAUGACAAGGAAGACAUGGAAGCAACAAUGACGUAUUAUGGAAAAACUUUUGUCCAAGAAGCAGAUUUUCCUUUCAAUUUCAACCUAAUUAGCAUGAAAAAUCUAUCAGGCAACAGUAUUUUUGAAGCUGUCAACCUGUGGAUGAAAAACAUGCCUGCAGGAAAAUGGCCAAACUGGGCGGUUGGAAGCCCUAACGCUCCUCGGCUUUCCUCUCGGAUUGGGAAAGAGUAUGUCAAUGUCAUGAACAUGCUGCUUUUAACCCUCCCCGGUACUCCAGUAACUUACUACGGUGAAGAAAUCGGCAUGGAGAACAUCGCAUCAGAAAGUGUGACCUUUCCAGAGAAAUCCCCCAUGCAGUGGGAUGGCAAAGUUAAUGCUGGUUUUACUGAGGGCAACAGUAGCUGGUUACCUGUUAACCCCAACUACCAAAGCGUCAAUGUUGAAAUCCAGAUGACCUGGUCCAACUCAACCCUGAAUUUGUACAGAGAGCUAACUUCACUUCGCAACAAUGAGCUCCCCAUUCAUCGGGGCUGGAUGUGCUACAUCUGGAAUGACAGCAAUGUUUUUGUGUAUGUGAGGGAAUUGGAUGGGUUAGACACAGUCUUUCUGAUGGUUCUCAAUUUUGGGCAGGAAUCAACAAUUGACCUGAAAGCUGUCAUUCCUAAUCUUCCCCCUAAAGCUACUAUAAGACUAAGUACUAAUUUUAGUGAUGCUGGUAAAGCUGUCAAUACUGAACAAAUUAAAACUGAAAUGGGAGAAGGCCUCAUCCUUGAAUAUAAAACAGCAAAGGCUGUUCAUACUAUGAAAGCUUUUCAAACAAAUUGUUUUGUGGCAGAAAAAGCUUGUUAUUCCAGUGCCUUCAAUUUACUCUAUUCAACCUGUUAAGUGCAGGAGUAGAAUACCCAAGCUUCUAUGUUGAUUUAGAAAGCACUGGUUUCAGGGAAGCAUUCAAAAAUUUCACUUUGUCCUUUAAAACUUCAUCUGUGUACAAAAUAAAUGUCCUGAAAAAUAAAGCAGAUACCAAAUUGUCUUGCAUCUGUACUGGUGAUGGAUAGGAAAAAGUAUGGUACAGACUUACCCUUAAGGUCUGUGGAGAAAAGAAGUAAAUCUGCCCUAGAAAACUGUCCUGUUUAAGUGCAUGUACUUCUGUGAGGAAAGAGAAAAGGUGCUUCCUGGGUGCUGUCCUUACGGUUGCUGGUCAUUCAGAGCUCCUGCAAAAUCUAAAGCCAGUAGCAGUUCAUGAAGUAACUGUAAAAAUGGCUGUAGAUGUGCAAAACGGACCCUAAAGGUGGCCCUGUAUUUGUUAAAAGAGGUAAAAGCAAGCAAGUCUAAUAUAAAAAGUUGUGAUGCUUUA